UUAUGGCCCAUCUUUCGUUUUAUGUCUAUGUACCUUUAGAUAAUUUUCUAUUGUUGAAAAAGCAUGAAUAUGUAUAAAAAAGCAUGAGAUAUAAUGGAAAUCCAAACGAACGAACGAAUGCUAUCAAAAUAGUCAUAAUGCGCUCCGCUCUAUUUUUAUUAAUAAUUACUGCCAUUGUGGCAACAAGUGUUGUAUUAGCGCAAUCUGAUACUGUAACAGAAGAAUAUGCAGAACUUUUGCAAGGAAAUAUUUUAGAAACGACUGUUCAACCUGAAGAAAUUGAAAAUUCUACAACCGUUGAAGAAAUUAAUAUCGAGAAAAACCAAACUAGCACAAAUAACACCCAAAAUAAUAUUGAUGUGGAUACUCGAAGUGAAGCAAAUGCUGAUAAUGCUGCAGGUAAAGCACCUGUAGAUAUUCAAACUGACGUUGUAGACAAUGUUACUGAGGAUUCACAAACUGAUUCAUCAACUGAUUCAUCAACUGAUUCAUUAACUGAUUCAUCAACUGAUAAUGCUCAAAAUGCAGCUGUAGACAAUGCAGUAGAAGAUGUCCAAAAUGAUGUAGCAUCUGAAAAUGCCCAAAUUGAUACUGAGGAAGCAGUUGUUACUGAUAAUGUUCAAAAUGGGAAUGCAGUAGAUAAUAUACAAAAUAAUGACAAAUCUCAAAAUACACACAAUAAUGUAGCCGAAGAUGUCGAAAGUAAUGUUGUUUCCGACAAUCCUAAAAAUGACCAAGCUGAAGAUAAUACUGAAAAUGGUGCAUUAGCAGAGAAUAUCGAAAAUGACGUAUCUGCAGGUAACGUACAAAUUGAUGAACCUAAAAAUGUACAGAAUGAUGUAACUACAGAUUCUGCAAUUGAUAACGCUCAAAAUGAUAUCAAUGUAGAUAAUGCCCAAAAUGAUGAUGCAACUGAAAAUACUCAAAAUGAUGUACCUGUUGAUACUGCCCAAAAUGAUGCUUCAUCUCAAAACACAGAGAAUGGUGUUACCGAAGGGUCUCAAAGUGAUAUUGCUGCUCCAGAGAAUACACAAAAUGAUGCAUCAACAAGUAAUAACCAAAAUGGUGUCGCACCAGAGAAUGUUCAGAGUGAUGCUGCUGCGGAUUCUUCUAUAGAUAAUGCUAAAAAUGACGUGCCUACCGAUAUUGCUCAACACGACGCUACAUCUCAAAACACAGAGAAUGGUGUUGCUGAAGAAUCCCAAAACAAUAACCAAAAUGAUGCUGAACCAGAGAACGUUCAGAGUGAUGGUAUUGUAGAUACUGCUGUAGAUAGCGGUCAAAAUAUUCUUCCUACGGAUAAGUCUCAAAACGAUGCUAAAUCUCAAAGCACAGAUAAUGGUAUUGCUGCCCCAGAGAAUACACAAAACGAUGCCUCUACAAGCAAUAACCAAAAUGGCGUUGAACAAGAAAACGUUCAGAGUGAUGCUGCUGUAGAUAAUUCUGUAGAUAACGGUCAAAAUACUCUUCCUACAGAUAAUGCUCAGAACGAUGCCACAUCUCAAAGCACAGAUAAUGUUGUUGCUGCUCCAGAAAAUACACAAAACGAAGCUUCUACAAGCAAUAAUCAAAUUGAUGUCAUAUCAGAAAACGUUCAGAGUAAUGCUACUGUAAAUACUUCUGAAGAUAAAGUUCAAGAUAAUUCUUCUACAGAUAAUGCCCAGAACGAUGCUACAUCUCAAAACAAAGAUAAUGGUGUUGCUGAAGAAUCUCAAAGUGAUGUUGCUGCUUUAGAGAAUGCACAAAAGGAAGCAUCUACAAGUAAUGCUGGAUCUGAGAAUGCACAGAAUAAUAUUGAUGCAGAUAUUCAAAGUGACAUUGUUUCUAGCAAUACUCAGAAUAACAAUGACGUAGAUAAUACCCAAAAUAGUGCCGCACCGGAAACUGUUCAGAAUGAUGUUGCUGCAGAUAAGCCUGUAGAUAACGGUCAAAAUGUUCCUACAGAUAAUGCCCAAAACGAUGUUAUAUCUCAAAACAUAGAAAAUGGUAUUGCUGAAGAGUCCCAAAAUAAUGUUGCUGCUCCAGAGAAUACACACGAAGAUGACUCUACAAAUAAUAACCAAAAUGGUGUCGAACCAGAGAAUGUACAUGGUGAUGCUGCUGUAGAUAGCUCUGUUGAUAACAGUGAAGAUGUUGUCCCUACAGACAAUGCCCAAAACGAUGCUACUUCUCAAAACACAGAUAACGGUUUUGCUGAACAAUCCAAAAGUGAUGCUGCUACUCCAGAGAAAACACAAAACGAUGCAUCUAUAGGUAAUAACCAAAAUAAUGCUGCACCGGAGAACGUCCAGACUGAUCCUGCUGCAGAUACUUCUGUAGAUAACGGCCAAAACAACGCAGCUGCAGAUAAUGCUCAAAACGAUGCUGCAUCUCAAAACACGCAGAAUGAGGUUCCUGAAAAUUCCAAAAAUGAUGUUGCUGCUCCAGAAAAUGACCAAAAUAAUGACUCUACAAGUAAUGCUCAAAAUGAUUCUGCACCUGAAAAUACACAGAAUGAUGUUGCUGCAGAUACCCAAAGUGAUAUUGAUUCUGAUAAUACUCAAAAUAAUAAUGAAGUACAUAAUACCCAAAAUGAAGGUGCAUCAGAGAAUGACCAGAACGAUGUUGUUGUAGACACGUCCAUAGAUAACGGUCAACACGAUGUCCCUGCAGAUAAUUCCCAAAAUGAUUCUGCAUCUCAAAACACACAGAAUGAUAUUCCUGAAAAUUCUCAAAGUGAUAUUGCUGCUCCGGAGAAUGCCCAAAAUGAUGAUGACUCUAUAAAUAAUGCUCAAAAUGAUGCUGCACCUGAGAAUACACAAAAUAAUGAUGCUGCAGACACCCAAAUUGAUAUUGUUUCUGAUAACACUCAAAAUAAUAAUGAGGCUGAUAACACCGCAAAUGAUGUUGCACAAGAGAAUAUCGAGAGUAGUGAUGCUAUAGAUAAUACUCAAAAUGUCAAUGAACAAACUGCUGACAAAGAAAAUAUUUCUAAUCAAAAUAAUAAUGAUGAUCUGGAUAGUGCUAAUAACGAAAACGAAAAUGAAAAUGAUAGUAAUGAUGGUGUAAAUAAUCAAAGUAACGAAGAAAAUAUUUCUAAUGAAGACGACGAUAAUACCAAAAAAGAGAUUGACGUUGAAGCCGACAGUAAAGAAGAAAAGAGAAAACAAAAAGAGCAAGAAAAAUUGGAAAAACAAAAACAAAAGGAAGAAGAAAAGUUACAAAAAGAACAGGAAAAAUUAGAAGAAAAGAGACAAAAAGAACUGGAAAAAUUAGAAGAAAAGAGACAGAAAGAACAGGAAAAAUUAGAAAAACAGAAACAAAAGGAAGAAGAAAAUAGACAAAAAGAACAGGAAAAAUUAGAAAAAGAAAAACAAAAGGAAGAAGAAAAGAGACAGAGAGAACAGGAAAAAUUAGAGAAACAAAAACAAAAGGAAGAAGAAAAGAGACAAAAAGAACAGGAAAAAUUAGAAAAACAGAAACAAAAGGAAGAAGAAAAGAGACAAAAAGAACAGGAAAAAUUAGAAAAACAGAAACAAAAGGAACAGGAGAGGGAAGAGAGACAACAACAAAAGGAGGAGGAGAGGAGACAGAAGGAGGAAGAAAGACGCGAGAAAGAAAAAGAAAGACGUGAGAAGGAGGAGGAAAGGAGACAUGAUGAGGAGGAAGAGAGACGCGAGAAAGAAAAAGAAAGACGUGAGAAGGAGGAGGAAAGGAGACAUGAUGAGGAGGAAAAGAGACAUGAUGAGGAGGAAGAGAGACGCGAAAAAGAAAAAGAAAGACGUGAGAAGGAUGAAGAAAGGAGACAUGAUGAGGAGGAAGAGAGUCAUGAGGAGGAGGAAGAUAGUCAGGAGGAGGAGGAAAAGAGACACGAGAAGGAAGAAAAAAGGCAAAAGGAAAACAAAUUGAAAGAGCAAGGUGUUGAAUUACCCUGGAUUACUAUCCUGAAAAGGAAACUAGAGGCUAGGAAAGCAUAUAUAGAACUAAUGAAAGAAAAAUAUGGUUUUGAUGAUGUAUGUGACCAUGAAGUUUGCCGACUAACUUGUGUGGUAAAUGGUAGACAUUCUGGAUAUUGUCAAAGAAGAAGAAGAACUGAAUGUAUAUGUGUAUAAAAUGCCACUAGAAUAAAUGUUUAAAUUGUUAAGGGAUUGAAACUAAUAUCGAGACUGAAUGUAAUUAGUGUCUAGAAGUUACGUUACUGUUAAUAGAAAAAUGAAUUUAAAAAAUUAGAAAAAUAUUUCGUAAUAACCCAUUGUAAUAAUUUAUGUUCUCUAAUUUGUCCAAAUUAUGUAUUUCAGCCAUGAACCUAGAAUAAUAAAAUUAUUGUGAAAAAUAUUUUUUUAAAUUGUAGGUAUCUGUAUAAUAAAAUUGAGUUAAAAAAGUAUUUAAUUUAAUUUGUGCAAAAUUAAAAGUCGACUCUGCCAUUUUUAAAGAACCGAG